CCAUGCCAGGCGCCUUCUCUCCAAGCCAGUGUUUUGAGAGAACAUCCUUCCACCAUGAACUUCUCAGGAAAGUACCAGCUCCAGUCCCAAGAGAAUUUUGAAGCCUUCUUGAAGGCUGCUGGUCUACCUGAUGACAUCAUACAGAAGAGAAAGGAUACCAGGGGAAUGAUCGAAAUUGUACAAAAUGGAAAUCACUUCAAGUUCAUCGUUAACAACGAUAACCAAAUCCAGGUGAACGAAUUCACCCUGGGGGAGGAGUGUGAGCUGACCACUCCCACUGGAGGAAAGGUCAAGGGUGUAGUGAAUCUAGAAGAAGGUAACAAGCUGGUAACAAUUUUGAAAGCAAUGAAGUCUGUCACUGAACUGAAUGGAGAUAUACUCACCACUACCUUUACCUUGGGUGAUGUUGUCUGCAAGAGAAUCAGUAAGAGAAUUUAGACAUGUCUGCUUUCCAUUUAUUUUUACUGUGUGAAAUUGGUACAAUAAAAUGUGGCUUGUUAAAAAAA